UGGAGGUUGACAAGGAGGAGGUCUUUUCCACACCACCCACUACCCCCAGCGAGAUGUCCCAUUCAGAGCAACCCGUAGAGGAGCUGAGACCUUCAUUCUCUCGCAGGCAUAGCAGGCUAUCUUCAUCCUCAUCGCUCGCGUCGUUGAAGACAGACAUCGACUGGAACUCAGAUAUUGUGGUGGAAGGGCCCGAAGAGCCGUCGCCGAGUGCUGACCUCAUACAUCCGGCGGAGCCAAACACAUUACAUCAGGCUCAAGGCUCCAUACGCAUCACUCCGCGUACCAACGCUUCCGCCUCCGCCUCCUCCGCCUCCUCCUCAAGUUCAGCAUCAAGUCCUGAUUCUGGUUCAUCUCUCUUCAUGAAUAACGAUUCCUUACCUACCCGCUCACCGUGUUUCGUCCACUCGCACCUUGAUAAAGGGGCCUCGCUUCAAGAUUGGCUACACACCAAAGAACACAACGUUUUGGGCACGGAUGUCGGUGUUGCACGAUCCCUUCAACCACACCAAAGACCACAGCCUGCGUCCGAUGCGCCCCCCGUAGAGAUCCCAACAUCGGAUGGUCACUCAGACAUCCUGAAUGGCAACGAGGGAGAGGAAUUGUACGGCGGCAGCCUCACUAAGCAACUUGCGGAAACGGCCGUAGGUGUACGAGAGAUGAGCAAACAGCUAGGACGCGCUCGUAUACGAACGCAGAUCAACAGUGUUUUGAUUGUUACAAAAGCGCGCGAUAACAGGCUCAUUAAACUGACGCGAGAACUUGCGCUCUAUCUCAUGCUCAAGCCACGGCAGGGUCAACGCGGGACCAUAGUUUAUGUCGAUCACCAGCUACGUAACUCUAGGCGGUUCAAUGCCGCGGGCAUCGAGCGCGAUCAUCCCGAGCUAUUCGCUCCAAUACCUCGUCGGCCUUCAUCCAGCAGUAACUCGCUUUCGUCAAUGUCGUCAUCGUCCACACUAUCAUUCGAUGAAUACGUUACAAAGGAAGAAGGCCAGUUGCGGUACUGGACGAGCGACAUGUGCAGCAAAAGUCCAAAUCUAUUUGACUUCGUGGUGACACUUGGUGGAGACGGGACAGUAUUGUUUACGUCAUGGUUAUUCCAGCGAAUUGUCCCGCCCGUCCUUCCGUUUGCACUCGGCUCGCUGGGAUUCCUCACGAACUUCGAUUUUGCCGAUUACACAGCCGUGGUGGACUCUGCUAUAGAUUCAGGUAUCCGCGUGAACCUACGCAUGCGAUUCACUUGCACUGUCUACCGCGCUGUUUUUGAGAAGGACAAGUGCCGUAAGGCCGUCAAGAAAGCCGAAACUGGUGAGAUCAUGAUGAAGAACAUGGAGAAAAGCGGUUGGGAAGCACUGGAAGGAGGCUGGUCGGGCGGCAUCUCAUUGCCUGAUGGGAAGUGCGCAAAGGAUAAGGAGAUUAUGUGCUUUACAACGCGCCCGGUUGAAACGUUCGAAGUCCUCAAUGACCUGGUAGUGGACAGGGGUCCUAGCCCCUAUGUCAGCUUGCUUGAGCUGUUUGGUGACGAACACCAUAUGACAACUGUACAGGCAGACGGUCUUUGUGUGUCUACUCCCACAGGCUCAACCGCAUAUUCGCUAUCUGCCGGUGGUUCACUCGUGCAUCCUGAGAUCCCAGCGAUCCUUAUCUCGCCUAUAUGUCCUCACACACUCUCCUUCCGGCCCAUGCUUCUUCCGGAUAGCAUGGAACUCCGUAUUUGCGUACCGUACAACUCCCGCAGUACGGCAUGGGUAUCUUUCGACGGCAGGGGUCGCGUUGAGCUGAAACAGGGUGAUCAUAUCAAGAUAACAGCCUCGAAGUACCCAUUCCCGACUGUAUGCGCUGACAAACAAUCGACGGAUUGGUUCCAUGCCAUCUCGCGGACCUUGAAAUGGAAUGAACGCGAACGCCAGAAAUCAUUUGUUGUUGUCGAGGAAGGCCCUCUCCAACGUAAAAAAUCUGGAAAGAAACUCAAAGACGGAGCCAAACCGCCCAUGAACGGCGAGAACGUAAAUGAAGAGGAUCUAGAUGAUGAGCUGGGCGAGUUGGACGAAGAGGACGAAGACGAUGAAGACGAAGACGAAAAGUUUGACAUCGAUGAUUCCUCGCCCCCAGAUGCGAACGCAGAACUACGUGUACCAAACGAGCAGACUGCUCAUGAUAUCACGGUCGGCGUGGAAAAGGCGCAGGAACAGGACAUGCAACCAAGGGGCGACACCCUCACUUCGCGUGAAAUGGCUGCGUUAGCCAUCGGGCAAUCGCUGAACGCGAAGGGCAAACGACGUUCUAAAUCGCGCUCUCGCUCGCGAAAACGAUCUGGGUUGACUUCUGGCGUUGACACUCCCGGCCGGUUCGCGGGUCCGGCGCAUCAUCCUCCUGCAAUUGACCCUCGUCGUGUCACGUUUGCAGCGCAAUCGUCCCCUACCCUUUCGUGUUCUUCGGACGACAGCCUAUGUGACAUGGGCCGCAAUCAGCUCGGUACUCGCGACGACCUGCAUUCGCGAGACCAAUACUUUAGCCGUCGCAAUCGCAUCCCACAAGAUCGCGAUCUGUUCAGCGAGAGCGUCGCCACCCCAAGGGCCGCCGAUAGCAGUGGACGGCGUAGCCAUCACCGAGUAAGCUCGAAGGACUAUGAUCAGCAGCAACACAGAGCGUUCGCUGUUUGGGGAAAUGACGAGAGCGACAGUGCUGCGAGCGACACCGACCCAUAGUCGCUAGGCUAUAGUGUCAGGCUACGAAGGUAGUUAUAUAUGCAUGACCUUGCUUGCGUUGCUCAGCAGGUCACACCUUUGAUUUUCACUUUUCCCCUUUGCUUUCGUUGGUUCAUUGCAUUGUUUAUAUAUCAACCGGGAAUAUCAUGAUGGAACAGAAGAGCUUGUAGGAUAAGGUUUGUACAUAGCACAUACAAUAACAUCUUAAUGGAUAUUUCCUAUUUG